UGAACAAACAUGAUUAUUAUUUAAUAAAAAGACAACUAAACUAGGCAGCUAUAUAGCUCAGUGCAUGAUCAAGAGCUUCGUCGUAAAGUCGUGUCAAAAUCAAGAUGAACAAGCUAUUCAUUGUCCUUCUGGCUGUCUGCCUCGUCAGCGUACAUGCUUUUGUGAAACGAGAUGCAGAAACACCAAAACCUGAUGCGUUAAAAGAAUUUGGAGACAAAGUACUGAGCACUGUUAAGGAAGCUGUUGACCCCGAAAAUAUAAAGAAAGGAUUUAACGACUUUGUUGAUAAAGUGCAGGGUGCAAUUGAUCAAUUGAAUGCUAAGCCCAAAGAAGCCAAAGAAUAAUGCAGAUGUAACGACGAUAUUCAUUUAAUGUGCUCCGCUCCUAUGAUUAAUUGUAGUGAUGGAAUUUAUUAUUACCUUACUAAAAAAUGUCAAUCAGCUGAAAUAGUAUUGAAAUAUAUAUAAAUAAAAUAUAUUAUAGUUUAAA